AUGUGCGCGAAGAUGAGUGUUCUCCAAGGUCGGCAUUCAGGAAUUAUGACCCUUCCGAGCAGCCCGUGUGAGAUAGAAAACAUGAGCUUGUUUCAAGACCUCAAGUUGAAAAGGAGAAAGGUCGACUCCCGAUGUAGUAGCGACGACUCCCCGGUAUCCCUCGGAUCAGCAGGCUCGCCGCAGGGGAACCCGACGACGGACGCACCUUCACCCAUAAACUUUCCUGCUCCAGGGGAGAGCAUGGCCGACACGUCAACCCUGUCGCCGGAGACGAACAUGCCAGGCUCGCCGGGCUGCCAGGUCAGAGUGUCGAGCGAGUACCUGCUGGGCAGCCCGAGUCCAGGGCCACCGCGCGGUGGAGAUUCCCUUCGUGGUACCGGUAGCGGAGGUGACGGCGGAGGUGGAAGAGGAGGCCAAGAGGGUCGCGAUGCGGGGUGUUCGGAUCGCGCGUCGCCCGACUCGGUCUUCCCGGAUGCCGGUCCGAUGGUGAGCUUUAGGGUCGCCGACGAGCAGCAACAGCAGCAUCAUCAGCAAUCGCAGCAGCAGCAGCAACAGCAGCACCAGCAGCAUCACCACCACCAGCAGCAACAGCAACGCUCCGCCACCCCCGUAACGAUCAAAUCGUCGCCGUACUCACCUGUCCAGGCGGUCUCGUCGACUCCGAUUGCCCAGGAGGCCUCCUCGAGGAGUGACAGCCCGGAUCUGAAGGGCGACCUAUCGUCCAUCCAGGCCAAGGAAGAGUCCGACAACUCGGUCUUCGACGGUGGUGGAGGCGGCGGCGGCGGCGGUGGUGGUGGUGUCAGCGGUCGUUCGGAAGCCUCCAAUCAACCUAGUCACCGGAAUAGCCCGUCAUCGCAAUUCAACCUGAGCCAGAACGUCAGUCCCGGCGCGGUCGGCUCGGCGGGACCGCACGGGUCCAUGCAACAACAGCAACAGUCGCCGCCGGCGCCGCCGAGGCCGCGCGCGCCCUCGGUACCGCCGCACCUACUGGCGGCCCAUCAUCAAUUUUGGUCGCAGAACCCUACCAGCGUGCAGGGAUUCGCUACGCAGAGGCUACUCAACGGUGUCAUCAGCAGCGCCGUCAGCUACGGCGGGCAGAAUGUCACGACCGUCUCCACCAGCUCCGGAGGUGGCACCAGCAGCUCCAGCGGUACCAAUUCCAGUACCAGCUGCGUCACUACCGGCGCUACCACCACGGCAAUCUCGUGCGAAGGUAUGAAACCACCGACGCAGAGAGCAGCGCCGGCACCACCGCGGCCCCCGCCCACGGUGUUAAUGGGCGAGAUCGGCGGUGUCCGUACGAUGAUAUGGUCGGCGCCGCCGUUGGACCCGGUACCGCCACCGGCGGCAUCCUGGUCGGCCACGGCGGCGGCCGCCGCCUCGUGCUCCUCGUCGGAGGAGUCGGCCGCCCAGCUGCUGCUGAACCUCGGCCAGGAGUCCAGGGGCAAGCCACCCUCGUCCUCUUCCGCGGUCUCGUACUCGUCCGUCGUCGGGCCACCGCUCAACAUGGAGAGGCUGUGGGCCGGCGACCUGACGCAGCUACCGGCGGCGCAACAGAUGCAGGCGCUGAAUCUCACGGCGUCCGGUUCCGCCGCGCAGCCGUGGGUCAGCAACGGCGGCACCGUGGUCAAGUCCGAGGCGGCCUCGCAGUCCAUAUCGGUGGCACCGCCUGCGCCCCCCUUGCCGCCGCAGGAGCACGAGGAGGACGAAACGCCUAUGAUAUGCAUGAUUUGUGAGGACAAGGCGACCGGCCUGCACUACGGUAUCAUCACGUGCGAAGGAUGUAAAGGCUUCUUCAAGAGGACCGUGCAAAACAGACGGGUGUACACGUGCGUGGCGGAGGGAGGCUGCGAAAUUACGAAGGCGCAGAGGAACAGGUGUCAGUAUUGCCGGUUCAAGAAGUGUAUCGAACAGGGUAUGGUCCUGCAGGCGGUUCGGGAAGACCGGAUGCCUGGAGGAAGGAAUUCCGGUGCGGUGUACAACCUUUACAAGGUGAAGUACAAGAAGCACAAGAAGAGCACCAAGGCGGGCGGCGUCGGCGGCGGCAUGGGCGGCGGCGGCAACGUCGGCGGUGUAAACGGCUCGGGUACCCUCGCGGGUACCAAGGGUGCCAUGGGCACAACGAUGCUGGACAAGCACAUGGCCGCGGCUGCAGCCGCCCAUCAUAGCCAGCAGCAGCAGCAGCAGCACGCCCAGCUGGCCGGUAGUUUCCUCCAUCAUCACAAAAUCUCGUCGGGCGACCAGCUCGGCUCGCCGCCCACCCCGAGCCACCCGAACCACCCCGCGCAUUCAGGCCACCUCGUCAACGGGACUAUCCUGAAGACGGCGCUCACCAAUCCCUCCGAAGUGGUGCAUUUACGACAAAGGCUAGACAAUGCAGUAAGCAGUUCGAGGGAUCGAGUAUUUCCUCUGGACGCAACCUUAACCAUGAUUCAAACCCUUAUAGACUGCGACGAGUUCCAAGAUAUCGCCACAUUGAGGAACUUGGACGAGCUGCUGGACCAUAAUUCAGACUUAAGUGACAAGCUGUGUCAGAUAGGAGACAGCAUAGUGUACAAGUUGGUGCAGUGGACCAAAAGGUUACCGUUUUACCUUGAGCUGCCGGUCGAAGUUCACACGAGGCUGCUCACCCACAAGUGGCAUGAACUUCUCGUGCUAACCACAUCUGCCUACCAAGCGAUGCACGGCCAGCACAGGUUGACGAAUAUCGCUACUGACGGGACGGGUGCAGACUUUAUGCAAGAAGUAACGAACAACAUGUAUACGUUGCAAAGGUGCCUAACCAGCAUGAUGGGUCGGCCGAUAACCAUGGACCAAUUGCGGCAAGACGUAGGGCUCAUGGUGGAAAAAAUCACGUAUGUCACGCUAAUGUUCAGGCGGGUGAGGCUACGAAUGGAGGAGUAUGUCUGUCUAAAAGUAAUCACUAUGCUCUCACAAGACACGAAAUCACGAGGAAGUACAUUGGAAUUAGAACAGAUACAAGAACGGUACAUGAGCUGUCUGCGAAGUUUUGUCGAGCACAGCGCUCCUCAGCAGCCGGGUCGAUUUCAUGAUCUUCUUGUCAGGUUGCCCGAAGUACAAUCGGCGGCGACUUUACUACUCGAGAGUAAAAUGUUCUACGUUCCUUUCCUAUUGAACUCAGCAAUUCAAAGAUAGUAAAUAAACAAAGUGACGAUAAACGAAGCUGAAUACCUAUAUACAUACUAUACAUACGUUAUAAAUAUAUACACAGAAAAGAGGUGAAAAGAACCGAACAAACAGACAAGCAACAAA